AUGAAUGUGCGGACAUGUAACGACUUAAGGCAAUCAAUCGAGAGUCUGCGUGCAACAACUCAAGCGAGUGGACAACGCUUUGCUCAAAAUCCGCAAAAGAAGCUGCGGUGCAGCAAGUGUUCCAAGGUAGGACAUGAUGCAAAGAAGUGUACAGAAGCAGAUCCAAAGCAUGCGGUCGCUAAGAUUGAAUGCAACGUAAGUACGCAGCAGAAGAGUCCACCCAUCGUUGAAGAAAUUGAAUGUGAAGGCGUAAAAUAUCAAGCGUUGGUGGACACGGGUAGCGAUCAUUCGCUCAUACGAACUACAGCAGCAAUAAAUAGCGAACAUAAGACGCCAACGUUCCAACGGCUACAAGGGUUUGGUGGCUCUAUAGUUGAGGUCAUCGACACGGCUAUAAAGUUGAAGGAUGAGGUUAUUAAGGCCAAGCUAUACGAGGUACCGGACAGCAUGUUGAAUUGCGAUCUCUUGAUUGGAAGAGAUGUGCUGUGUGGUCACGAUCGACGAUUGAUCAUUGACGCAGGGUCAAUGAUGUUGCAGAUCAAGAACGCGAAACAGUUCAACGUUAACGAAGGUCUUCAAGAUGACGGAAAGCAAAACGUGUUUAAGCUGCUGACAGACUAUGACGAUUGGUUUUCGGAAGGUAUAUCCACGCUAGGCCGAUCGAAGACAACGACAAUGAUUUUUGAAGUUACUGCUCCAAGUCCAAUAGUGGGUAGACGAUACCAGGUGCCAUUCGCAAAGCAGGAAGAGCUGUCAUCGAUUUUGAAGGAGCUGCUGACCAACGAGCCUGAUGCUAGUGACGAAGGCAAACGGGGAGAGCAGGAUGUGUGUGAAUUAUCGCGCGUUAAACGCGGUAACAAUACGUAA